UUUCAAGAAAAAAAAAAGAAGUUCAAUUCCCCAAGAGAAUUUAUAGCUGCUCAACUCACUCCCUCCCUCUCCAGCCCUCAAAUUCCAUCUCUGCCUGCUUUCCAGAAAGAAUCACCAACAAAUCCAAGACCCAAUCUCUCUCUCUCGCUCUACAAAUAUGUUGUUCUUCUCGUACUUCAAGGAAUUGGUGGGGAGAGAAGUGACGGUGGAACUGAAGAACGAUCUCGCCAUUAGAGGAACUCUUCACUCCGUGGAUCAGUAUCUCAACAUCAAGCUCGAGAACACUCGUGUUGUCGACCAAGACAAGUACCCUCACAUGCUGUCAGUGAGGAAUUGUUUCAUUAGAGGGUCAGUUGUGAGAUAUGUUCAGCUACCCCCUGAAGGAGUUGAUGUUGAGCUACUCCAUGAUGCCACCAGAAGGGAAGCCCGCGGCGGCUAAGCCGAAGGAUAAUCCGAUUUUAGUCUCUGUUGGUCAACCUUCCUUUGUUAGGCUUAAACUGGCAUUUAAGUUUGAAGUUGAACUCACCAAAAGCUGGAAAGAACUGCUUUUUCUUGCACAUUUGUAUUUGUCUGUCCUGUCCUCGUGUCAAACUUAUUAAUAUUCUUGACUGGAGAGGGGUUAUUGUUUUUUGGGAACCUCUCUAAAUGCUCUCUAAUUGCGUGUUAAUGCGAAUUUAAUGAAUUGUUUACCAAACAAAGACAUUGUAAACAAGUAUGACUCGUGAUAAGAGGCAUCACUCUUUUUAUUA